UUUGGUGCCUUCACUGUCCUGCUUUUCCACCCUGUUGUCUUCCUCGCCCUGAUACACUCAUGUACAGGUCAGUCUCAGCUGAUUGGUCCGUCUCAGCCAAUAGUGGCAUUAGUCGGUGAUGACAUCAUUUUGCCGUGUCACCUGGAGCCUGCCAUGAAUGUCUUUGACAUGACAGUAGAGUGGGCGAGACCUGACCUGGACCCCAGGUUUGUGGUGGUGUGGCGUGACGGUGUGGAACUGGAGAGUAAAAAACAUCCGUCCUACAGAGGAAGAACAUCAGUGUUCACUGAUGAACUGAAGCACGGAAACGUUUCACUGAAACUGUCCAACGUGAGAAGAUCUGAUGAGGAUGAGGCAACAUACAGAUGUUUCAUUCCAGAAAUAGACAGAGACAGAGCUCUGACUGUUCAGCUGGUUGUUGGUGCCGUCUCCUCACCUGUAAUCCAGAUGACUAAAACCAUGAGUGAAGUGGUUCUACAGUGUGAGUCUGCAGGCUGGUAUCCAGAGCCUGAGGUGUUGUGGCUGGACGCUGAGGGAAACCUCCUCUCUGCUGGACCUACAGAGACACUCAGAGGUCCUGAUGACCUCUACACUGUCAGCAGCAAUGUGACUGUGGACAAGAGACACGGCAACAACUUCACCUGUAGAGUCCAUCAGAAGAACAUCAACCAGACCAGAGAGACACACGUCCUGGUUCCAGAUCAUUUCUUCAUGGUCCCCAGUACUCCCAGUACUCCUGUUACUCCCAGUACUCCCAGUACUCCUGUUACUCCUGGUAGUCAACAAGUUAUUAUUGGCUCAGUUAUAGGCUGUGCUGCUCUGGUGUUAAUUGCUGCUGCUGUCUUUGUCGUGUGGAAACAGAGACAAAAGAAAUUCAAAAACAAGAGGAGGAGCCAUGAAGACGGACCUGAGCAGACCGAGGCAGAAAAGACGGACACAUGUAGAAGUGAUAAAACAGGAUUUCAGGUCGUGGUGGAAGGAGAAGGAGAAAGGGUACCUCUUAUGGCAGGAAGUGAAGGACAGAAUAAUGUAGACAAUAGAGGAGAGGAGAAGAUCGAGUCUCACAGUGAACAUGAAGACCCACAGGUUGGAGCUGAAAGAGAAACACACCAGAACCAGCUUGUGACAAAACCAGACAUGGACAGAACAGGAGAAGGGAGGGAAUUGAAAUCUAUAAAGAAUGAAGAAGUACCUUCAAUUCCAACAGAAGGAGAAAAUCACCAAGAGCAGGACAUGACAGGUAGACAAGUAUUACGUGAUCGGGGCGAGGGUGGAGUAGAGCAGAAGAUGAAACCAGUUGAAGGGCAACUGUCAACAGUCCUGGUGGAGGCAGAAGGACCAAAAGAACAACUGCAAAAUGUCCACACUGAUCAGGAUGUACAGACCGAAGAAGAGAUACACCAAGAGCCAAUGACUGAUGAGGACAAAAAAGAGAAAAGAAAUAUGAAAGAGAAGGAGCAAGUGAAAAAGGGAGGUUCUGGAUCGAUAGGACGGAAGAAGAACCAGAGAGAUCCAUCACAACCAGAGGCAGAGAGAACGACAGUGGAGGACGAGACGAAGCUUCAAUCAGAGACGCAGAAAAGAAAAGAGACAGAGAAGGACGACAUAGAGCUCAAACCACAGAAAAGAAAUGUCAGCCAACAUCUAUUACAAGACAGAAAACAGGAGAUGAGAGAAGCAGAACAUGAGGAUCAAAAAGACAAAGGUCAGGAGGGAAACCAGAGUAACAUUCAGAGAACGACAGAAAGGAAAGCAGAGAAACAAGAGGAGAAACUGAAGGAAGAGAAGAUGGAGAAUGAGAGGAAGCUUCAGUCAGAGAGGACAGAGCUCAAAACACAGGAAGGAGGAGACAACCAGCAAGUUUUAGAUGCCAACAGACCAGAACAGACGGCUGAACAUGAGAAUAAGAAAGACAAAGAUCAGAGGGACGUAACUACAACGACAGAAAGUAAAGCAGACAAACAAGAGGAGCACAUUAACAAGAAAGCGGAGGAAACAGAGGGAAAGGGGGAUGGAAGAGAGGAUAAGCCUCCAUCAGUCAGUGGGGAAAUAACAGAGACACCAGACCUCAAAGUACAUGAAGACACAGCUGGAGGACAAAAGCAAGAGAAGGAGCUCCAGGCAGAGAAACAACAGCAAGAAACAUCUCUGAGAAAGAUGGACGAAACCAAAAAGCAGCCAAAGCAGUCCACCAAGAGGGAAUGGAUACCGUGGAAAGAAAGA